GCCAGCUAUUCAUUGUUCAUGAAGGAAAAAAUCAAAGAAGAGAAACAGCAGGAAAUGGAUAAUUCUCCAUUAAGCAUGUUCCAGGGUCUGUUGACAUUCAGUGAUGUGACUGUAGACUUCCCCCAGGACGAGUGGGAAUGCCUGGACUCUGUUCAGAGGGCUCUGUACAUUGAAGUGAUGUUGGAGAAUUACAGAAACCUGGUCUCUGUGGAAAACUACUGCAUAUGUGAUAGAGUCCAUCAACAUGUGAAGACUGAAAAGGAGUCUUGUCAGUGUAAUGAGCUUGGCAAAAUGCUUCAUGACCCCUCCAAAUGUGCACUUUAUAAAAGUAGUGAAGCUACAGAAAACUCUAAUAACUACAGAUACAGUAAUCACAGGGAUGCUGCUAUUGACUCAUCAAACACAGAUCCAUUUAAAAGCAUGCACACUGGAGAAGAACAUUGCAUAUCUAAAGACUGUGAGAAAACGUUAACUUUGUGUUCCAACAUUACUCAAGAUCAGAGACACUACCCUGCAAAGAAAGAACAGAGACAGGAAGAAUAUGAUGACCAUGUCACCUCUACAUACAGUCUCAUGCAACAAACAAACUUCACUGGAGAGAAACCAUAUCAGUGUGGGAAAUGCAGGAAAUUCUUCAGUACCCCCUCAAGCUUCUCUGUACAUCAGAGAAUUCAUACUGGAGAGAAGCCCUACAAGUGCCACGUUUGUAACAAAUCCUUUACCCAGUGCAACAAUCUUAAAACACAUCAAAGACUUCACACUGGGGAGAAGCCUUACAAAUGCAAAGAAUGUGGGAAGUCAUUUCCUCAGUUGUCAGCACUUAAAAGCCAUCAGAAAUUGCAUACUGGAGAGAAGCCUUACAAAUGUAAGGAGUGUGACAAAUCCUUUGCCCACUGUUCCAGUUUUAGGAGGCAUCAGAAAGUCCAUGCUGCUAAGGAACUUUAUACUUGUCAAGAAUGUGGCAAGAUCUCAUACCACCUUUCACACUUUAGAAGGCAUUUCAAACUCCAUACUGGAAAGAAGCAUUACAAAUGCAACGAGUGUGACAAAUCCUUUACCCACUAUUCAUCCUUUAAAAGGCAUCAGAAAGCUCAUUCUCUAGAGAAAUUUUACAAAUGCAAAGAAUGUGGUAAGUCCUUUCUUGAAUUAUCACAUUUUCAAAGGCAUUACAGAAUCCAUACUGGAGAGAAACCUUACCAAUGUGAGGUAUGUGACAAAUCCUUUACUGUGAAUUCAACUCUUAAAACACAUCAGAAAAUUCAUACUGGAGAGAAACCUUACAAAUGUAUGGAAUGUGACAAAUCCUUUACCAAGUGUUCACAUCUUAGAAGACAUCAGAGUGUUCAUACUGGAGAGAAACCUUACAGAUGUAAGGAAUGUGACAAAUCUUUUACUGAAUGUUCGACUCUCAGAGAACAUGAGAAAAUUCAUACUGGAGAGAAACCUUAUAAAUGUAGAGAAUGUAACAAAUCCUUUAUCCAGCGUUCAAAUCUUAGAAUACAUCACAGAGUUCAUACUGGAGAGAGACCUUACAUAUGUAAGGAAUGUGGCAAGUCUUAUACUAAGUGUUCAACUCUUCACACACAUCAGAAAAUUCAUACUGGAGAGAAACCUUACAAAUGUAUGGAAUGUGACAAAUCCUUUACCCAAGACUCACAUCUUAAAACACAUCAGAGAGUUCACACCGGAGAGAGACCUUACAGAUGUGAGGAAUGUGACAAAUCUUUUACUAGGUGUUCCUACCUUAGAGCACACCAGAAACUUCAUACUGGAGAGAAACCAUACAAAUGUAUGGAAUGUGACAAAUCCUUUAUGCAGAUUUCAAAUCUUAGAAGACAUCAGAAACUUCAUACUGGAGAGAAACCUUACAAAUGCAAAGACUGUGACAUAUCCUUUACGCAGAUUUCAAAUCUUCGAAGGCAUCAGAAAAUUCAUACUGGAGAAAAACAUACCGUUGUAAAUAAUGUGCUAUAACCUUUAACUGGUAUUUCCUGCUUACGGGUUACAACAAUAUUAGUAACAGAAUCAUAAAUAAAUAAACUUGUAAAAGCCUUUAAUGAAGGGUUUAAAUCUUAAAAAUAUAAGUUUAUAUUAAAAUAAAAUUCCCUACGUGUAACUGCAGGGAAAGCUUUUA